AACGAGGCCCGCUGUCAUUGCUCAUACGCAUCAAUUCCGUAUCAUAAUAAUAACCGGCAUGCAAGAAGCACAUGGCACUCCGGGAACACAAAUCGGCACGUCGAUCGCUUCCAAGGAAACCCCGUUUUCGCUCGUUGGAUCGAUACCGUUUCAGUGUGAGAAAAUUUGUUCGGAAAAUUUGGCAGCAUUCCUCGCGCCAAUUCGAAAAUUUAGUGAAAAUUGUUAUGUAAAAGUUUUCCUGGGGUCUAAACUGGGUGCCCAUCUGCGGUCAUGGGAAAUACGGAAAGUAAUGUUACCAGUGGAGUUAAGAAGCAGGCCGGAGUUUCCACCCAGGCGUUGUACAAGUUCGUCAAUCUGAAAGGAGGUGGUCUUUUGGUAGACAUGAUGAAGAGAGCAAUCCAAAACAAACAAUAUGCAGAAAUAGAUCAUGCCAUCAAAACGAAAGUCGAGCCAUUUCUGUACAAUAAGGGCAAAGGAAAGUACAUUCCGGUGGCUCAGUUGGUCCUGCUGAGGAAUCGAGAACGGCCUCGAUCGAAGCAGCUGCCCGAGAUUCGAGCCUUGGAAAAUCCAGAGGAGGACUUUGAUAUUGACGCAGUAUGUCCGGACGUGACCGAGGGCGAAUACCAGAGGAAUCCGUCGGGGUACAGGGAGGUGUGCUGGAACAUCAAGGAGCGCGGAGCAGUCGGGGAAACUAUUCUUCAUCUGUGCCUACUGAACGCAACAUCUUUGCACGCGGAUCUUGCCAAGCGCCUGCUGAGAUUCUAUCCAAAACUGAUCAAUGAUAUUUACAUGUGCGAUGAAUAUUACGGGGAAAGUGUGCUCCACGUGGCGAUUGUCAACGAAGAUCCGGCAAUGGUUAAAUAUCUGCUGGACAGUGGAUCGGACGUGGACGAGCGAUGUUGCGGAACGUUUAUGUGUCCUGAGGAUCAAAAAGCGACACGAUACGAUUCGAUCGAAACUGAAAUCAUCUGCGUACUUCCCAUGACCAACUACGAUGGGUACGUGUACUGGGGCGAAUAUCCGUUGAGUUUCGCGGCCUGCUUGGGACAAGAGGAAUGCUACCGAUUGGUGUUGGCUCGGGGAGCUGAUCCCGAUAAUCAGGACUCGAACGGAAACACCGUCUUGCAUAUGUUGGUAAUCUACGAGAAAAUUUCAACAUUCGACAUGGCGUACGAAGUUGGAUCCUCUUUGGACAUAAGAAACCUGCAGAAUUUGACACCGUUAACAUUGGCGGCCAAGCUAGGCCGAGUUGAGAUGUUUUUCCACAUAAUGAACAUUGAACGGGAAAUCUACUGGCAAUUGGGAAGUAUCACUUGUGCAGCCUAUCCACUGGUCCUGAUCGACACGAUCGACAUCGAAACAGGGAACAUCAACAAAGAUUCAGCAUUAAAUUUAGUGGUAUUCGGUGACAAAGCUGAGCAUCUGGACCUACUGGAAGGUGUACUGAUCGAUUUGCUCAAGACCAAAUGGAACUCGUUCGUCAAAGACAAGUUCUAUCGCCAAUUUUUCGUUUUCUUUUGGUAUUUUUGCGUUUCACUAGUGAGCUUUACCCUAAGAAGGGGACCAAUGGUUCUGGAAGAAACUGGAGCCAAUCGCACCACCACCAGCAUUACAAUGAAGAAUUUAACAUUUUCCGACUCCACCAACGUAACUUUACCUACCUUGCUAGCGGUGGAAGUCAACGAAAAGAUCACUCAAUUCAACAUGAACGAAACACUUUUUGAUCCAGCAAUAUUGGAAGACAACACAUUCUUCAACUCAAAAUGCGCCACCAUGCAGUACGACACAUUGCAAGAUAGAAUUCGGCUGGUUUCGGAGAUCAUCAUCCUCAUCGGAUCGUUCCUUUACUUGGUUGGAGCUUUGAGAGAAUUCCGGUUUUUGGGACGAAAAAUGUUUUUCGAGAAUUUGAUGAUCUCUCCUUCCCGCGUGAUGUUCUUAUUCUCAUGUUGCAUAAUGAUGAUCGUGCCGUUUCUGAAAGUUCUUUGCCUGAUCGAGAUGGAGGAUCAUGUAGCUGUUACGAUCAUGUUGACCACGGCACCCUAUUUCUUGUUUUUCUGCCGUGGAUUCAAAACCGUUGGGCCGUUCGUUGUGAUGAUCUACCGUAUGGUGAUGGGAGACUUGCUGCGAUUCGUCGUUAUCUAUCUGGUGUUCGUGAUGGGUUUUUCCCAGGCCUACUACAUUGUGUUCUUAUCGUUCAAGGGCGAGGAGGAUGGCGAUGAAAAUCCAAUGCCUUCUCCGAUGGAGUCCAUCGUGGCGAUGUUCCUGAUGUCGUUGACGAACUUUGGUGACUACUACGGGGCGCUGGAUAAAACGGAACACGAGGGAUGCGCUAAGGUUCUGUUCGUCAUUUUCAUGGUAAUCGUAGCAGUCCUGUUAGUCAACUUGCUCAUCGCUAUGAUGGGUAACACGUAUACCAUGAUUGCCGAGACCAAGAACGAGUGGCAACGACAGUGGGCGCGAAUUGUCCUGGUGGUGGAACGAGGAGUUCCUCCCAGUGAGCGACUCAAAAACUUCAUGGCCUACAGUCAGCCCAUGUCGGACGGAAGGCGAGCCCUCGUGCUGCGAUUGAAUAUGACGGACGAAGACAAAGAAGAGAUGAAGGAAAUCCUCGAGAUGAAACGCGUCCAUGAGCGCUUGAAGAAGAAACGGCAAGUUGAGCGGGAAGCGAGAGCCGAGAAGCGACGACUAAUCAUGGAGAAAUUUGCAAAUGUACCUUAGUGAAAUUUCAGAGCACUUCAAAGUCAAACCAUUUAACGAAAUACCUUGUUGAAUAUUCCCAAUUGUUCAAUUUAUCAAAUACAUUUUUAUUCCGAUUGUUUAGAAACCACAAGCCAUAGGAGUAG